AUUGCUUCCCCCACCUCCGUGUUCAUCAUCCGGUGGGACACUUUCUCCACUGUCGUUUCAUUCUUUUUUCUCCCGCGACACAAAGCCAGCACUGGGAUGGUUUUCGCUGAAGCGCUCGUGCCAUUUCAGUCUGGCUGGCAUCACGUGCAUCACUUGUUUGGUCUACUUUGUCUCGUCGCCGUUGUCUACAAGUUGUUCAUCGCGCUCCGCAAAAGGAAUGAUGCGAUUCGAGAUUUUUCAGCUUUCACGGGACCACCGGGACACUGGCUUCUGGGACAUGUUAUGGAUUUUAAACAGGAUGGGACUGACUUGGACAAAUUGGUAAAAUGGGGAAAGCAGUAUCCUUAUGCCUUCCCACUGAUGUUUGGUCCCGUCGUUUGUUUCCUCAACAUUCACCAUCCAGAUUAUGUGAAGACAAUACUGGCAUCAACAGAGCCAAAAGAUGAUUUUGCAUAUAAGUUUAUUGAAUCUUGGAUUGGGGAAGGUUUAUUGGUGUCAAAAGGUCAGAAGUGGUUUCGUCAUAGAAGGCUAUUGACCCCAGGUUUCCAUUAUGAUGUUUUGAAACCAUACGUAAAACUGAUGUCCGAUUCUGCUAAAACUAUGUUGGACAAAUGGGAAAGUCACGCAAACACCAGCAACUCAUUUGAAUUGUUUGAACACGUAAGCCUCAUGACACUGGACAGCAUCAUGAAGUGUGCAUUCAGCUACAACAGCAACUGUCAAACCGAGAGCGGAACAAAUGCAUACAUCAAAGCAGUGUAUGAGCUCAGUGAUCUGAUUAACCUGCGGUUCAGGACAUUUCCAUACCACAAUGACCUGAUUUUCUACCUCAGCCCACAUGGAUUCAGAUACAGGAAAGCAUGCAAGGUGGCUCACAGCCACACAGAGGAAGUCAUAAGAAAGAGAAAAGCAGCACUUAAGGCAGAGAAGGAGCUGGACCACAUACAGGCCAAGAGACAUCUGGACUUCCUGGACAUACUUCUCUUUGCAAGAGAUGAGAAGCAGCAGGGUCUAUCAGAUGAAGAUAUACGAGCAGAGGUGGACACAUUCAUGUUUGAGGGUCACGACACCACAGCCAGUGGCAUCUCUUUCAUCCUCUACUGUAUGGCCUGCCACCCUGAACACCAGAAGAUUUGUAGGGAGGAGAUCAUUCAAGCCCUGGAUGGCAAAGACACUAUGGAAUGGGAGGAUCUCAGUAAGAUUCCCUACACCACAAUGUGCAUAAAAGAAUCCCUCCGUCUUUACCCUCCUGUGCCAGGAAUGUCCAGAAAAAUAACCAAACCCGUGACCUUUUUUGAUGGAAGGACUUUGCCAGAAGGUUCUCUUAUUGGAACAAGUGUGUUUGCAAUUCACAGGAAUGAAACAGUCUGGGAAAAUCCUGAAGUCUUUGACCCACUUCGUUUCCUACCAGAGAAUGCUUCCAGAAGGUCACCACAUGCAUUCGUGCCGUUCUCUGCCGGGCCAAGGAACUGCAUUGGUCAGAACUUUGCCAUGAAUGAGAUGAAAGUGUUGAUAGCCCUCACACUAAAGAAAUAUCACCUGAUGGAGGACCCCACUAGGAAACCCAAAAUAAUUCCUAGACUGGUGCUUCGUUCACUCAAUGGCAUCUACAUCAAGAUCAAACCUGUAGAUCCUCAAAUGUAAAGGGAAGUACUGGAAGCCUUAUAAUUUAGUAAGUCUGUACAAUGACAUAGAAUCUAAUAGAUGAUGAACUGCACAGUAAUAGAGCAGUCAUGUUAACGUAGUAAAAUACGUUUUUGUAGGGAAUUAUUUGCUGAAAAAAAGGUAGCAUUUCUAUUUUAACACAUUUGUAUCACACAUUUUUUGCACUUGUGAAAUAAGAUUACCUAUACUGUUGAUAGACAUUUGCACUAAAUCAGUUUAUAAUGAAUAUGAAACGUGUGGAAGAUAACAUUUUCCUUUCUUCGUUUGUAAAUGCAUUAUCCAAGAUAAUACUUUUCAGAAUAGAAAAAAACACACACAAAUAACAAAGGAUCACAUUUGAUAAUUGAAGUAGUUGUAUCUUCAGCCUCUUCUCUGCCAGCUUUCCAAACUAUAACAUGCAACACAAAAGUGUCUUGACACUUGUGUUCUAGUGGUUCUCACCUCUAGUAGUGGUUUAAGACUGAGCCACAACAAAAGUUUUAACUGAGCACAAUGAUUCUAGCCUGCAUUUUUAUAUUUAAUUUCUUAAAACGGCACCUAAAAUUAAGAAUAUACUGCUGCUGUGUGAAGAUUAAUGUUUGACCUGUCAAAGUGAUUUGUCUGUGCCGCACAAACUGGUUUAAACAAGGUCCAAAGUACUAUUGAGACAUCCAGUCAAUGUUUAACCCCAACAACAAAGUCUUAGUAACAUAGUUUGUAAUUUAAUAUGCUCUCAGUAACAUAUUCGGCUUAUGCUGCAAUACUAUCUGCAAAUAAGUCAUCAAAGGACUUUCACUGAGAUGACUUUUCAUUUUGUAUAAAUUUGGAAUACAAGAAUUUAAUAUCAAAACAACAGUGCAACAUUUAAUCACAGCUGAAGAUACAGCAGAGUUAUGAGUCAAAAGUAAUUCAUUUUUUAUUUACAGUCGUAUGAUUACAAAAUCCACAUGCCCACAAGGACAGAAAGUCACCAGCAGUUUGUAAAAAUGAAACACUUGUCUUGUGAUGUCCAACUUUUCCCUAGUUUAAAGAUCCCAUAAAUUGACCACUUCCUAAAAAUCUUCAGUGGUGAUGUCAUGCUGUACCAGAGGAUUAAAAAAAAAAAGUUUAAUAAGGUCAUCUUGUAUUUUUAUCAUAACUACCAGUUAAACAUUGGUUUACACUAAGAUGGAUACCUUACAAUCUUAACAAACUGUUUCAAACGGAAAUGCAGAGGAGUGUGGUGGUCUUGUGGUUGAGAUGUGUACUAUAUACUGUGACCAAAAUGUUUGGUACAAUGUCAUCUGAUCCUCUGUUUUAUUGUAUAUCAUUUUACCUUUCUGUCUUUUCAAUUCCUGUCAUCCCUUACUGUUGCUUGAAUAAAAAUAAAAAUGCCCAAAAAUACUUCAAAAAUUGGAAAUACGGAACAUCACAUUGUGAAAAUAAUGACACCAUUUCAUGGGACCUUUAAACUUGGAGUACACUCUGUAAAGUUCCACCAGUUUAAUGUUGACAUGUUUGACACGGCUAACUAUGUUUUUCCUGCUACUGUGCAUAAAGGCACAGUUCCUAUGUCAAGUUAGUUCUGGGCAAAAAAAAAAAAAAUUAACUAUGUACUGUAUAAGCUGCACUGUACUCUGUUGCAUGUCAAAGAUGUUAACAUGCUACAUAACCAUUAAAACAUCCUAAAUCCAAA